UAUGUGGGGGAAUGGCUGAGCCCCCACGUGUUCUAGGGAAGGCCCACAUAGGACAAAGGAGGGAGGGGCCAGGGCCGCUUGGAAUUCUCAGCUAUAGCCCUGGGACUGUGACCCUUGCCAGGGUGCAAGCCUGGCAAGUCCUUUACUUUUCAGCUGGUGCCACCGUGUCCCAGGCUCUGAGCUAGGCCAUGACGUGGGGAGGGGGUGCUAGGGCAGAGUAGGAGGAGAGGAGGCGUAGUGAGAGGCAGCCCAUCUGCCGGGACAUCCGGGCCUCACCCUCUCCCCACCCUCCCCUCCCGUGCUGCAGUGGAGCAGUGACUGAAGGAAGCAACCACUGCAAUGGGCAAAGAGAAGACACACAUCAAUAUCGUGGUCAUCGGCCACGUGGACUCUGGCAAGUCCUCCACCACUGGGCACCUCAUCUACAAGUGUGGGGCUGACAAGAGGACCACUGAGAAGUUUGAGAAGGAGGCAGCUGAGAUGGGUAAGGGCUCCUUCAAAUACGCCUGGGUGCUGGACAAACUGAAGGCAGAGAGAGGGCGUGGCAUCACCAUCGACAUCUCCCUGUGGAAGUUUGAGACCAGCAAGUACUACAUCACCAUCAUUGAUGCCCCAGGCCACAGGGACUUCAUCAAGAACACGAUCACUGACACCUCCCAGGCCGACAGCGCUCUGCUCACUGUGGCUGGCGGUGUGGGCGAGUUUGAGGCAGGCAUCUUUGAGAACCGGCAGACUCACGAGCACGCGCUGCUCGCCUACACCUUGGGUGUGAAGCAGCUGAUAGUAGCAGUCAACAAAAUGGACUCGACGGAGCCUGCCUACAGCGCCGCGCGCUUCCAGGAGAUCACCAAGGAAGUGAGCGCCUACAUCAGGAAGAUCGGCUACAAUCCGGCGACCGUGGCCUUUGUGCCCAUCUUGGGCUGGCACGCAAACAACAUGCUGGAGCCCAGCACCAACAUGCCCUGGUUCAAGGGCUAGAAGGUUGAGCGGAAGGAGGGAAACGCCACCGGGGUGACCCUGCUGGAAGCUCUGGAUUCCAUCCUCCCCCCACCUCCCCCAGUAAACAAGCCCCUGAGGCUACCGCCACAAGACGUGUACAAGAUAGGAGGCAUCGGCACGGUGCCUGUGGGCCGAGUGGAGACCGGCUUCCUGAAGGCCGGCAUGGUGGUCACCUUUGCCCCCAGUGGCCUCACCACUGAGGUCAAGUCUGUGGAGAUGCACCACGAGGCCCUGCGGGAGGCCCUGCCCAGGGACAACGUGGGCUUCAACGUAAAGAACGUGUCUGUGAAGGACAUCCGUCGUGGCAACGUGGCUGGAGACAGCAAGAAUGACCCCCCGAUGGAGACCAGCAGCUUUGUGGCCCAGGUGAUCGUCCUGAAUCAUUCAGGACAGAUCCAAGCUGGCUAUUCUCCGGUGCUGAACUGUCACACAGCCCACAUCUCCUGCAGGUUUGCUGAACUGAGGGAAAAGAUUGACCACCGCUCAGGCAAGAAGCUGGAAGACAACCCCAAGGCCCUGAAGUCGGGCGAUGUGGCCACUGUGCAGAUGGUCCCUGGCAAGGCCAUGUGUGUGGAGACCUUCUCCAAGUACCUGCCUCUAGGCCAUUUUGCUGUGCGGGACAUGAGGCAAACUGUGGCUGUUGGCGUCAUCAAGGCUGUGGAGAAGAAGGCAGUGGCUGCGGCCAAGGUCACCAAGUCAGUGGUGAAGGCCAGCAAGAAAUGAAGUGCGUCCUCCCACACCAUUUCUCAGCAGCCUCCACUGUAUGAGAUACUUCUAUGACUGAAUAAAGUUAGUAGUAAAACUUCUA